AUGUCGAUCAAUUUAUCGAUUAGUAGUCUGGCCUCCGGCGUAAAAGUUGAUCCAUCAUGCAAGAACGCGUACGAUUUGCUGCACAACAAACAUCAACACAGCUUCAUCAUUUUCAAAAUUGAUAAAAAUGAUACCGCUAUCGUUGUGGAGAAGGUCGGCGAUAAAGGUGCACCGUACUCGGAAUUUGUAGAGGAGAUGAGAAAAGCGGUUGAUGGAGGAAAAGAAUGCAGAUACGCAGCGGUGGAUGUGGAAGUACAAGUACAACGACAAGGUACGGAAGGUGGUAGCAAACUGAACAAGGUCAUCUUCGUACAGUAUUGCCCUGAUGAAGCUCCUGUACGUCGUCGAAUGCUUUACGCAUCUUCUGUUCGCGCGCUUAAGUCCACUCUCGGUUUAGAAUCGCUUAUGCAGGUUCAAGCCUCAGAUUUGUCGGAUCUGGACGAAAAAGCGAUUAAGCAUGACCUGGUUAGCAGUCAGAGGACCUAA